UAUUUUAUAUUAUGGGUAAACAAAUGAUUUGCCAUCCCUUUCUCCUCAAUUUUCUCUUGCAUUCAUUUCAGUUUCCUAGUUCCCAAACAAGGUUUUCUUGGAACCUUAAUUCAUCCAAGAAUCUGUCUUUCUACUGAAAAAAAACUCUGAGUUAUCUUUUUUGCAAUUUCAUUUUGACUCCCUAACACAAGAAACAAGAGAUAUGAAAAACAGGCUGAUUUUUAGGUUCUAAUAUCAAUCAUCAUCUUCAUCAAAUAUGCUGCCUCCACCAGCUUGGCCCGCUGAGAGUGCUAGCUCAAGAGAUAAUUGGCCCGCUACUGAUGCCGGGACUCAUACAAAGUUUGAGAACGAGAAAGCAGAGAAGGGUUAUUAUGAGCAGUCUGUCACUCGCCAGUUUUCUGGUUCAACUAAGAUUUAUCUUCUUGAUAUAGCUAGAGAACGAGUGGAUAUAAUUUCUGAGAAAAUGCAAUUGCUCCCCAACGAGUAUCUAGAAGAGCUAAAGGGCAGGCUUUGGAUGAUGCUUGAGGGGAAAGGAGGAGAUGAAUUUUUGGUUUUACAGAGGCUUGUUCAGAGCAGGUCUGAUUUGACUGCAAAGACAUUGGUCAGAGCUCAUCGAGUUCAGCUGGAAAUUCUUGCCGCGAUUAACUCCGGUAUUCAGGCGUUCCUACAUCCAAGUGUCAGUAUUUCUCAGACUUCCCUGAUUGAGGUUUUUGUAUACAAAAGAUGUCGGAAUAUAGCAUGCCAAAGCCAAUUGCCGGCUGAUAAUUGCUACUGUGAAAUAUGCACUAAUAGAAAAGGUUUCUGCAGCCUAUGCAUGUGUGUAAUCUGCAACAAAUUUGAUUUUGAAGUGAAUACUUGCCGGUGGAUUGGUUGCGACUCGUGUUCUCAUUGGACUCACACAGACUGUGCAAUUCGUGAUAAACAAAUUGUAACGGGCGCUUCUGAAUUGCUAUUCAGGUGCAGAGCAUGCAACCGCACAUCAGAGCUUUUAGGCUUCGUAAAAGAUGUAUUCCAACACUGUGCACCAACUUGGGACAGAGAAUCUUUGCUGAGAGAACUCAAUGUUGUAAGCAAGAUCUUCCGAAUGAGCGAGGACACAAAAGGGAGACAACUGUUUUGGAAGUCUGAGGAGCUCAUAGAAAAAUUAAAGGGUGGAGUGGAAGAGACCACAGUGUCCAGAGUCAUAUUAAAUUUUUUUCGAGAGCUUGAUAUGGAUUCACCAAAGAACACUGAUGCUGGAAAUAGCAGUAGGGUGGUCCCACCCCAGGAGGCGUGCAACCGAAUCUCCCAAGUGGUACAAGAGGCAGUGCAGAAAAUGGAAUUGGUAGCUGACGAAAAGAUGAGAAUGCUAAAGAAAGCUCGCAUAGCUCUCGAGGCUUGUGACAAUGAACUGGAGGAAAAAGCCAAGGAAGUUGCAGAACUGAAACUGGAAAGGCAACAGAUAAAUGAACUGGACAGCAUCGUUAGGCUUAAACAAGCGGAAGCUGAUAUGUUCCAGCUUAAGGCUGACGAGGCAAGACGAGAAGCUGACAGAUUGCAGAUGAUUGCUCUUUCAAAGUUAGGGAAAUCUGAAGAAGACUAUGCCAGCAGAUACUUAAAACAACGUCUUAGUGAGGCUGAAGCGGAGAAGCAGUACCUUCUCGAGAAGAUUAAACUUCAAGAUGAGGGUUCACAUUCAUCACAAAGUAACAGCAAUGGCACAGGGGAACCCUCGCAAGCACUCUUGUCUAAAAUAGAAGAGAUCCUUAAGAGUGUAUAAUAGCUCGGAGCUCCUACUAACGCCAGAUGAACAUCUUUUUUUUUUUUUUUUUUUUUUUUGAAACUGGUAACUAUUGUGUGUGUGUAUAUAUAUAUAUAUACACACAAGUGGGCAACAC